GUAGCGGCCAUUAUAAUCCAGUGUGUAUAGGCGUAGCCUCUCAUACUGCUGAGAGAAAGAGAGGCGCUGACAGGAUAUACGUGUUCGAUUUUUUUUGUUUAUGUUUUGCCUUUACGCAGUUUUAACGCUCGAGUUUGCGUUAUAGGGAGUUUAACGGCUGUGCAGACUUGGUUAUAUUAGUAUAUUUUAUAUAUCUGUAGAAGUGAGGUGUUAAUUGUGUGUGUGUGUGUUCAGUGGAGUGCUAGUCCUGUUGUGAGCCAGCGCGCGCGCUCCAGCCCACUGAGAGGGUUUCAUCAGCCGUCUUUCACCACACAUUAUAAUCCCUUCAUCUAAGAGGCGUUCUUUAAAGAGUCUUGUUAGUAUUUAGAUGGCAAGCUUCCCAGAUUUUGUCAACGAAAAUGAAAUAGCUAAAGCUAAGUUCAUUGGAGAGCUUUUAGCUCCUGUGGCUCCCUUUGACCAGAAGUCUGGACGGGAGACAUGGACUGUGGCUUUUGCUCCUGAUGGUUCUUAUUUUGCUUGGUCUCAAGGACACCGCAUCGUACGGCUCGUACCAUGGUCAAAAUGCAUGAGCAAUUUCUCUAUGAGGAAAGAGGAGUGGCUAAACGGCGCUGGACCCAGGCAUUUGUCUCGGCAAGGUAGCGACAGUGCUCUGGUCCCUGGUGAGCCCAGAGAGCACACCAUCGACUGCGGUGACAUCGUUUGGGGGCUGGCAUUCGGUUCCUCUGUUCCUGAAAAACAGAGCCGCUGUGUGAAUAUUGAGUGGCACAGAUUUAAAUUCGGCCAAGACCAGUUGCUGCUGGCUACCGGCCUCAACAACGGUCGCAUCAAGAUAUGGGACGUGUAUACAGGAAAACUUUUGUUGAAUUUGAUGGAUCACACAGACAUUGUGCGGGACUUAACGUUUGCUCCAGACGGCAGUCUUGUGCUGGUGUCUGCUUCCAGAGACAAGACAUUGCGUGUGUGGGACCUCAAGGACGAUGGUAACAUGAUGAAAGUGUUGCGUGGACAUCAAAACUGGGUGUACUGCAGUGCCUUCUCCCCAGACUCCUCAGUGCUGUGCUCUGUGGGUGCUGGCAAAGCGGUGUUCCUGUGGGACAUGGAUAAAUACACUCUGAUUCGUAAGCUGGAGGGCCACCAUAAUGAUGUGGUGUCCUGUGAGUUCUCUCCUGAUGGAGCCUUGCUGGCCACAGCCUCCUAUGAUACUCGCGUCAUAGUGUGGGAUCCUCACACGGCCACCGUACUGCUUGAGUUGGGGCACCUCUUCCCUCCUCCUUCUCCCAUAUUCGCAGGGGGAGCAAAUGACCGCUGGGUUCGCUCUGUGGCUUUUUGUCAUGAUGGCCGCCAUAUUGCCAGCAUCACUGAUGACAGGUUGGUGCGAUUUUGGAGCAUUGAUGAGAAAUCUCCCCAGGCCAUCGCCUCACUCACUAAUGGCCUCUGCAGUGCCUUCUCCACAGAUGGAAGUGUUUUAGCUGCUGGUUCACGCGAUGGAAGUGUUCAUUUCUGGGCUUGUCCACGCAGCGUUGCCAGCCUGCAGCACUUGUGCCGCAUGGCAUUGCGAAGAGUGCUGUCUACACAGCAAGUCUACGCACUGUCUAUCCCUCAAUGCAUGCAAGACUACCUGGCCUACAGGAGCUUCUAGUCGAGGAGGCACACCACAGCACACUGUUGAAUCAAUAAGACAGACUUUGUGAAAAAAAAAUUGGGGAAGGGGUGAUUGGGGCAUGGAGACAAAAAAAAAAAAAAAAAAAAACCGUGAAGAUGGAGGGGAAAUGCAGUGAUCUUCUGUUAAUAGGCCCCAAGCUGUACUUAAUGACAUCACUGUUUCAAAGUAAUUUUUUUUUUUUUUUUGUAAGUCUUCUAAAGCUGCUUGCACAUUUCCUGUCAGUACUCCCCUCCACCCCCUGCUUCCCCCUUGCUAAACUCUAAGCCUUCUCAUUUGCUCUCUCAACCAUAUCAGCUAGUGGCCUUUAGACAGCCUUAUCGUCAAUGUCACUUUCUUCCUUUUUUUCUGGCACAACUUCUUGUGCAAAAACCUAUGGUGCAACUUUCAAGAAUGAGACAGCUAUAAAGUCCUCUUUCUAGCAGAUAUGAAUGAAUGUUAGCAGACCUGAAGUGGUGUUUUCUCAAAAGUAUAUCUGCAGUGAGUGGGCAGAGGUGAUGGAGAAGCGAGAAAGAGAGUUAGACUGAAAGAAUUGCAUACUUUUUCUACAUGUACAGUGGUGUGCGUUUGUGUGAGAUGUAUGAUCAAGAAGAAUUUAGGAGAUUGGCGAUCUAGGCAGUGCCUCCCCUCACUGUGCCUCGAUAGCAGCAGAAAUCCUUAGUGCUGUAUAUCCACACCCAGACGCUGCCUCAGUAACAACAGCCUUUUUAUCAACCUCCAUAACCCUGACGAUGUAGUGGUGGAAUUCAUUUUCCUUUUCAAACUGUAUAUUUUUUAUCUAUGUACAGACAUUUGUAAAGAAAUGUUUUGUGUGCAUGUGUAUAUGUAUAUAUGAUAUCUAAAUUUGCUUUUCUAUGUUGUUUUUUUUUUUUCCCCCACUUUCCCUCCUCUGCUGAAACUAAGAAUGUAAGAUGCUUCUGUUGCGUUUUAUGUAUGUGUAAUGCUCAUGCUGUGAAACUCUAGAGACUGUGGCUGGACUCUGAGCUGGCUGUACAACAGGAGAGGAAGUUAUCAGGUAUUCGCCAGCAAAAGCACUAAUAUUCCCUCUCCUCCAAACCGAUGCUUCUUUAAAGGUUGGCGGGCUACCUGUAUUUAUUUAUAUAUAUAUAUAUAUAUAUAUAUAUAUAUAUAUAUAUAUAUAUAUAUAUAUAUAUCUCUAAUUAGUCCUUGUUGGCUGUCAAAGAGCACACUUAAAAUGUCACCACCCCAAGUUUGUUGGGCUUCUGCUAUCCGAGUAGAUCUACCUCGUAGAUUAGCUCGAGUAACUUGAGAAGAAUGCUCAGUAUUUCCAUGCAGUUAAACAGUGGUGUAACUCUUGGCCAUAAUGUAUAAUCUUGCCUGUUCUAGCUGAUGAUAGCUGAUACCAGUGAGAGGUAUGUGCUCAGUAUAUGAGGAAUGGUUGUAUUUUAGACAGUUUGUCACUUUUUCUAUCUAUGUGCUGACAAAGAAUCUUAGCAAUAAACUUUAUUUGUUGUAACCAUUGGAGCCAAUGCCAAAGAUCCCCUAGGGUUCUUUAUUGUAUUUUUGGCACUCAGUAUUAUUAUUAUUAUUAUUAUUAUUAUUAUUAUUAUUAUUAUUAUUUGCUCUCUCCUCAUCUAUUUCUGGCUAAAACUUGAAAAUUGUGUAUACGCUUGCCUGUUUUUGUGCUUAAGCCUUCUGUUGAGAGCUAGUUUCUUGUUCUGUGUGUAUGGGAUAACUGCUUCAGAGCACUCUGAUAAAUCAUUUGUCUUGUCAGCUGUGAUUGCAUGAAGUAGCACACAUUUCUAAUACAUUGUUUUCUGUUCUACAUUACAAGCAUUUCCACCAUGAUGUUGUAUACAAUAAAAGCAACUGGAGUAGUUAAGAAUGUAAAUUUUUGGUUUUGUAUGAUAUUUUUUGUGUUUUGUAGUUGAAAUAAAGGCUUGUUUCCAAAUAA